GCUUAUCCCCAUGCCAGAUUCAUGGACCUAGCUGAAGUGAUUGUGGUCAUUGGCGGUUGUGACCGCAAGGGACUUAUGAGGUUGCCCUUCGCCGACGCCUACCACCCAGAAAGCCAGCGCUGGACCCCACUGCCCAGCCUGCCUGGCUACAUGCGCUCAGAGUUCGCUGCCUGUACUCUCCGCAAUGACAUCUAUGUCUCAGGAGGCCACAUCAACAGCCAUGAUGUGUGGAUGUUGAGCUCCCAUCUGCACACCUGGAUCAAGGUGGCCUCAUUGCACAAGGGCAGGUGGAGGCACAAGAUGGUGGUCUUGCACGGACAGGUGCAGUGCUUUGACCCCAAGGAGGACAGGUGGAGCCUGCAGUCACCAGCACCCUUCUCUCAGCGAUGUCUUGAGGCUGUCUCCCUCGAGGACACCAUCUAUGUGGUGGGAGGCCUCAUGAGCAAAAUCUACACCUACCACCCUGGUACAGAUGUCUGGGGGGAGGCAGCUGUCCUCCCCAUCACGGUGUGGUGCUGUGGCGUGACUGUGUGUGAUGGGAAGGUCCACAUCACUGGUGGGCGAGAUGAUCACGGGGAAAGCACCAACAGGGUCUUCACCUUUGACCCCAGCAGUGGGCAGGUGGAGGCCCAGCCGUCCCUGCAGCGCUGCACCAGCUCCCAUGGCUGCGUCACCGUUGUCAAGAGCCUGGGCAGGUGACUCAGAUUUGGACAACCUGAUCCAGGAGCAGAGAGAGAAGCAAGAACUCAGGCUCACCACUCUGCUUUCCUCAUGGAACCGCCAUGUAAAUAGCCCCUUAACUUAUUGCCCCCUUUCUUGUAGAAAUAAAACGUCAUUCAAAGGUUG